AUGGCUCAAGAUGUGGCCAGUAAUGGCACAGCAAAGCCGCAAUAUGAAAGGCGGUCGUCUCAACCUGAGAACCCGUUCGCUGCGUUGAUCCCGGACCAGCAAAUCGCCAUCAUCCCAGAAUUCACGCUGGAAUCUGGCGCAACUUUACGCAAUGUUCCGGUUGCUUAUACGACUCGGGGAAAGCUCUCGCCGACCGGCGACAAUGCAAUGGUCAUUUGUCAUGCACUGACAGGCAGCGCCGACGUCAGUGACUGGUGGGGACCAUUAUUGGGCGGUCCAGGUCAAGUAUUUGAUACAUCAAGGUUCUUCAUUGUCUGCAUGAACAGUCUGGGCAGCCCGUAUGGCUCGGCUAGCCCCGUCACGGCGAAAGACGGAGAUGCAGCCAAUGGCCGAUAUGGUCCCGAGUUUCCUCUCACCACCAUUCGCGACGAUGUUCAGCUACACAAAAUGCUGUUGGAUGAGCUUGGCGUCAAGCAAAUCGCGGCCGUGGUUGGAGGAUCUCUAGGAGGCAUGUUUGUCCUAGAAUGGGCAUACUUUGGCAAAGACUAUAUCCGGUGCAUCGUUCCCAUUGCCACCUCUAGCAGACACAGUGCGUGGGGGAUCAGCUGGGGGGAGGCGCAGAGACAAAGCAUUUAUGCGGACCCCAAGUACGAUGACGGAUAUUACGAAUUCGAGGAUCCACCAUCAACAGGUCUGGGUGCUGCGCGCAUGUCCGCCUUACUCACCUACCGCAGCCGCAACUCCUUCGAGGCUCGCUUUGGACGCAACAUACCUGAUGCUUCCAAAGUACAGACGAUUCGGGAACGGCCACGUCCGGCCACUCCUUCUGAAGCCCACUUCCACAUUCAUAAUGAUGGCCAUGUGGUAAAGCGCACCUCACGAUCUCGCAACAAUAGCGAGAGCAGUUCGAGACAGUCACCCAACGGCAGCAAUGGCAAGCAAGUCAUCGUCGACUCACCGGAUCCUCAGUUUUCGGGACCCAAGAAGGUGGUGAGCCUAACUGGUGGCGAAGAUCUACCAACGUCAAUGUACUUUUCCGCCCAAUCCUACCUGCGCUACCAGGGAAACAAGUUUGUGAAGCGAUUCGACAGCAACUGCUACAUUGCUAUGACGCGCAAACUUGACACGCAUGAUGUUUCGCGCAAUCGUGCGGACUCGAUUGCGGAGGCUCUCGCUUUGAUAGAGCAGCCGACUUUGGUGCUUGGCAUCGAGAGCGACGGACUAUUCACGUUUGCGGAGCAGCAGGAGAUUGCCGAGCAUGUCAAGGACGCUCGACUAGAGCGCAUCGAGAGCCCCGAAGGACACGAUGCGUUUUUGCUGCAGUUUGAGCAGGUAAAUCGCUACAUUCUGGCCUUUUUGAAAGAGAUUCUGCCAGAUAUUAUGAGCAAGGAUGGCGCCGUUGUUGAGGAGGAGGGUGUCGGCAAGAUUACCAAGUCAAGCACGUUUGGCGAGGCGGAGGUGGAGGAUAUUACAGCAUGGUAG